AUGGGCUGCGGAUCGUCGAGUUUGAAGGGUGUAGACAUACCCGACGUUAAUAACCAGCCAACAUCAGUCACACAACAACCGCAAAUCAGGAAGAUCCGGACCAACUUCUCAGACAUCAACUAUGAUCAAAAUGCUCAACAGCGGCGUCUGACGGAAUAUGCGCCGCACGAACAACCUCCGCGGGUGAGGGAAGAGAGUCGCGACUUUACAGUCGAACAGAGUUCUUGGGAGGAGUACCAGCAGUAUGACAGCCGACCUGAUCGUCAGACCCGUGACACCGGUGGGUCGUUUAGCAAUGCGCACGACAGGACCAUGUCCGGCGGCAGCGCCCUGGGCAAGGAUAACGAUGCAACUUUACAACCGUACCAGACCAUCGACGGCGGCGGCGACUGGGAUCACCAUGACGACCAGUCUCGGCGACAAUCAUCCUAUUCCCGUGGCCCGCAGAACGGACAAGACCCGACAUCAGAUCUAUCCAAGAACGAGUUCGCCGCGGCCAACGACCCGGCCAACCCGAACAAUCAAGAUAACUCCCAACAGUCUCCCCAAAAAAGCACCCACAGCCAGCAACAACCCGAUGGGCACCAUCGCAACAAAAACGACGACGACGCCAACGCCAACACGUCCCCCAUUUCGUACAACACAAACUCGCCCACCGCCGCCAAUCCGGACAUCCACGGCGACGACGGUGGCGAGCACAAGAAGUCGUGGCUCGGCCAGAAGUACGCGUCCUUCCAGUCCUCCAAGCGCGGGUCGGGCCUCAGCGACGAGGACAUCAUGAAGUACACGGGCAAGGACCGGAGUGAGCUAAAUGAGUGGGCCCAGAACAGACCUGGCGUCGGGGGAAACCAGGACGCUGGGAGAGUCGGGUCGGACUCGGGCCUUGCGGCGGGUGCACCUUGGAAUUAG